AUGUCUUGCUCCAACUCCUGCUCUGGAAACCAGAGUUUGGGAUUCCUCAGAAAUCCUUGUUAUAUUCCUCUCACCUCUUCCUUUGCCCUCUGCUCUACAAAUGUGAGCCGUGGAGGCGUCCUCUGCUUGCCCAGCAGCUGUCAAGACCAUACCUGGCUCAUGGACAAUUGCCAAGAGACCUGCAGUGAACCAACCAGCUGCCAGCCACCCAACUGUGAGCCCAGCAACUAUGAAACUUCUUGCUGCCCUUCCUCUGCUCACUGUGGGCCCAGACUCUGCCCAGGAGCCAGCUUUCUUCCUGCUGCUUCUUACAUCUCCAGUUCCUGCCUCCCAGUAUCCUAUGUGUCCAGCAGCUGUCGACCCCUGAGCCUCUUCACUUAUGGUUGCCGCCCUGUAGGUUGGAAGCCCUGUGGUUCUCAAUCACUUAGUGUUGUGUCCAGCAGCCUCAGACCUCUGCAUCCUCUUUUCAGUGGAUGCCAACCUCUGACCCAUGUGUUCAGCCCUUGUCGUCCAUCUUGCUUUGCAUUGGGAGGCCAGUAG